UUUCAAAGUUGUGAACAAUAAAGCACAUGGGAAAAUCUUGUCAGCUAUUAAAGCAAUGAUUAAAGUCAAUGAACGAUCAGCUCCUGAGUUAAAUAACAGAGAGGAGGAAGGUUCGAGAAACUUUUACUGCAGACUCCUAAUCCAGAAGAAGAAGAACCUCUCUCCUCAUGAUGUCUGCUACCCUGUGAAUCUGAAAAACAAUCUCCACAGAUCCAGCACCUAAAAAAAGGGACUGAACUCAACAACGUGUUAUGAUUUUUACGGUCAGCUGAUUCUUCUAUAAUCUCAAGAAGAAUGGGAAAUUAUGACGAGGACACUGCCUUCCUUGGGCAAAAGGGACAAUUUUUCAUUAUCCUUUUCUUUCUCCUGAAUACCAUCUACAUUUCCACCGGGUUUCAUAGUCUCUAUAUUGUUUUUGUUGGGGCUUCACCGUUGCAUCAUUGUCUGGUAGUGGCGGGAAAUCUAAGUGAAGUUUGGAUGAAUGCUACUAUUCCCAAGGAGACAGUAAAUGGAAAACUACAGCCGAGUCAGUGUCAGAGAUACAUCCUGGAGACGGUCAGAAACCUGUCGGCAGAAGGUUACUUACCCCAAGAUGUUAACCUUACAGAUAUUAAACAAGAGAAAUGUGUGGAUGGAUGGACCUAUAGCACAGACAUCUAUCACUCGACAAUUGUCUCAGAGUGGGAUUUGGUGUGUGACAAUGAGUGGAAAGUUCCCUUUGCUUCAUCAACAUUAUACAUGGGCUAUUUGUUGGGGUCUCUUGUUUCCGGUCAACUUUCUGACAGGUUUGGCAGGAAGAAGGUUCUUUUCAUUUCUUUGGCAGCAGAGGCUUUGUUGAUACUCGCUCAGUCUUUCUCUAACACAUGGCUGAUCUUUUGCAUUUUGUAUUUUUUUGUGGGUGCUUUUCAAAUAUCCCUUUACAUCACCGCAUUUGUGCUCGGAACUGAAGUGUUAAGUAAAUCUUUGCGAGUUCUCUUCACUACACUGGGAGUCUUUCUGCAUUACUGCAUUGGUUAUAUGGUGUUACCCUGGAUUGCCUUUGCCAUCAGAGACUGGCGAUGUCUGCUCAGGGUUCUGUCUGGGCUAACUGUGGUGUACAUCCCACUGUGGUGGUUGGUGCCAGAGUCUCCCCGAUGGCUUCUCGCUCAGGGCCGAGUCAUGGAAUCUGAGGCCAUAGUGAAGCGAGCGGCAAAAACAAACAACGUCGAAGCUCCAGAUGUCAUCUUCAAAGAGUCUGAGGUUAAAGAGGAGACAGGCAAGGAGAGUGGCAAUUACAGCGCGCUUCAUAUUCUCAAGUCCGGCAAUAUCCGCAAGACAACGCUCAUGUGUUUAAUGUUGUGGAUGGCCAUCAAUAUGGGAUAUUUCGGAUUGUCCUUGAACACCUCUAAUCUUAGUGGCGAUCCGUUCCUUAAUUGUUUUCUGUCAGCUCUCACUGAAGUUCCUGCCUAUAUUGUCUCUACUUUUCUUCUGAAGAGCUGCCCGCGCCGGCCUCUCCUCUCUGCGUUCCUCGGUAUCGGAGGAGGAUUUCUGCUUUUGAUCCAAUUGAUUCCUGAAAGUCUUCAUACUUUGGCACUGGCAUUGGAGAUGGCUGGCAAGUUUGGCUUCACUAUGUCUUUCACAGUGGUGUACAUCUACACAGCCGAACUGUAUCCCACUAUCCUGAGAAACCUGGGAAUGGGCAUCUGCUCUUCAGCUGCCCGGAUCGGCAGCAUUACUGCACCUUAUGUCAUAUUCUUGGGUACGUUCAACAAAUAUCUCCCUUACAUACUGAUGGGAAGCAUCACCAUUGUCUUAUCAUUAUCAAACCUAUUUUUGCCUGAGACAUUUGGAAAAGUGUUGCCCGAGACUUUGGAAGAAAUGCAAAAAUGUAAAAAUUUUCUUAAGAGAGAAAACCUUAGUCUGGAGGAGAGACAAAGGAAGAGAAAAAAUUCACUUCACCAAGCGUGUGAGCAGCACUAUUAAAGAAAUGUGUGUGGAUUUGACGUUGGUUUCUGACUGGUAUUUUGUAUUCUACAAAAUGACCAUCAUCAACUGUUUAAUAUUUAAUGUUGCCAAAGCCACUUACAUUAUGUACAGGUGUAACAACACAAUAGAGAGGUCAUAAAUGGUUACGCAUGAUAUGACAGGACAUUGAGUUCCUGCCUGCUGAAAGUAUUAUCUUGUUGUAAUGGGUAAUGUGACCUCUAUUGGUCUAAAGAUCCCAUGCUUGUGACCGUGUUUAUGAUUGUCAAAUCAUCAAUGAUAAAUGUUUAAGAAUGUGAAAAGACAGAAGCACCAAACAUUUCAUUCAACCCAUAACCUCAAAGCAUUUUGCAAAAAUAUUGAAAGACAAAUUGUAUAAUUAAGUCUGAGUAAGUAAGUACCUUUUGAAUACUUUAAAUGCUUUAUAUCUCGAUUUAAGUGAUGAAGUUUUUCUAUGUAAAAUGACUUAUGUAUGUCAUAAAAUGUAAAUAAAAACACAAACCAACACAGUA